GUGGUGAUAAUCUUAUCGUUGGCAUAUGUUAAGGGACAAACACAAAGGCCAAUAUUUCCACCAAGUUGUGAUCUCAAUAUUCUCAUCAUACUUGAUCGAUCAGAUUCAGUCAAAGGUGGCUUUAAUAGGAGUAGAGAUUUCGUUGCUGAUGUUUCUAAUGAGCUUAAUAUCAGCCCAACUGCACACAGGGUAGCUAUGAUCGUUUAUUCUGGUUUAAAUUAUCGUCGAGAAGUAUUUAAAUGGAAUUUCGCAAAAAAUACCGCUGAUUUUCAAAGAAUUGUGAUGGGAUUGAGAGCAAUCGGAGGAACAACGAAUACAAAAAAGGCACUGGAAAUAGGACUAGAAUUGAUGGAAACACGAAAUAAAACAAUUCCAACCUUGAUUAUGGUUGUGACGGAUGGUCGAAGUGCAGAUGAUCCAUCUGUACCCGCUAAACAACUCCAAGCAAUUCCAAAUACAUGGAUGUUUGCAGCAGCUACUGGAGAUCCGCUUCUGGCUGAUAAGUAA